AUGCCAAAGAAGCGCACUAAUAUUGAUGAUUAUUUAGAUCCUGAAGUCGAGAAGUCUGAAGUUUUAAAUAAUACAGAAAACUCUACCAAGAAAUCCUCAUCAUCAAGAUCAUUACGAAAUAAGAAUAGUCAAGAUGAAAUUAUUCAAGUAGGGAAGUAUGAUUUUGAUAAGCCAGAAUAUGAGUUGGAUCCGAAGAAAAGACUACAGGUUAUCAUUAACGCUUCCCUAUAUAAACGUCGCAAAUAUAAUAAGAAUAUCCAUGCUGAUGUUAGCGAAUCACUAGAUAGUAUGAACAGUAGUUUACCUAUGACUUCUAAUAAUAAUUUGGUUAAUGAAGAUCUUAAGGAUGAUAUUUUAUAUCAAAAGAAAGAAGAAAUCCAGCAAUUAAUAAUGAAUAAAAAAAAGUUAAUCAGUGAUAUGGCUUUAAAAAUUGACAAAAUCAAUUCUAAAAACAGUUCAUUAAGUUCUUCAAGUAUCUCUUCAAAAGAGAUGACAAUUGACCUCUUGGCUGAUGAUAAAUAUAAAGCUUUCCAUAAGAAAAUGGUAAGACAAGAGGCCCGAAUGAUUGAAGGUGAUAUCAUAGAAGCAGAACAAGAAGCAGAGUGUUUACAGCUAUUAAGAGAUAAACUAUUGAUGCCACAUUGGAUUACAACUCUAUUGAAGGCUACAAUUGUUAAUGAUCCUACAGAUGCAACUGAACUCGAUAAUAAAAGAACCCUCACUAUGGAAUUAUUAAAUCACAUAUUGGAAAGAUAUAAUGAAUUACUAAAACUAAAGACAACUUUAACGAAAAAUCAGAAACACCCACCUAUUCAAAAGAAUAUUAAUAGACAGAAAUAUUACGAUAGGAUAGAUAGGCAUGUUCUUGUUGGGUACCAAAGUUCAUCUGAUGAAGAGGAAGAAGAUAUGACGGUCAACGAAAUACGGGAACGAAGAAGGAAGAAGAGAAUUGAUCAGCUAGGAUACCCUAUUCACAUUGGUUUGGCUAAGUUUAACGUACUGACACCUACUUACGAAAUUAUAGCCGAGCCUUUACAAAAAUCCUAUGUUUUGAAAUUAAACACUAAGGAAAGAAGUGUAUGGAAGAAUCGUGAAGAUCCAUAUAGGCGAAUAGAAUAUUAUGCAAGACUACCUAAUCAAAUUGCACAAUAUAAGCGUACUACUAUCGUUCGUCCCAGUCCAACAGAUAAUAGCACCAAAGAAGUAAUCGAAUCUAAUCCAAAUGUAUCAGUCACAAAACAAAUUGUUUCAGAUAAAAGCAACGACACUGCCAAAAUGAACUCUGAAGAUAUUAUCAUAAGUAACCCUGAACAGGAUGAUAGAACAGAAAGCAAUAUUAGUACUGUACAGCCACCUAAAGCCGUUGAAGAUCCAAUAAUUAACAUUCUUACACCUAAAAUUCAGAAUCCUAUAACAUUGGAAUCAUCAGCUUCCAAAAAUAAAAAGACCAAUGAAUUAAUUUCACCUGGUAAUAGCUCUUCAAAUAUAGCAAAUCCAGAUGGAUAUCUUAAAGAGCAAUCACCAGAGGCUACAACAUCUUCAGUAGGUGAUAGUGGAUAUCCUAAAACAGCGGUAAAUUCUAAAUCUUUGAAUUUUGUGGCCAAUAAAUAUCAAAAGCAAUUAAAUACCUCGACUAAAGAUUCUAAAACUAAAGUAAAUUUGCAUUCAUAUAAUGUUACAACCAUCUCUACCGAAUAG